AUGGCAAAACCGAUAUCAAAACGCCCGCUCGAUUUCUUCUACAGAUCGGUCUUUUCUUUGAUCCUUAUCAUAGCAAUAGUUGCUGAUUGUUCACCAUUGUAUCCCGAGGCACUGCGGCCGGAGUUUGUGAACCAGAUGCACAAGUUUCAAUUUGAGACUUUCAAAGACCCAUUUUUCAACCCUAAAAUCCACCGACCGUGGUUCGAAUCUCUCGUUGGAUUGGAGCUCUUCGUUCUCGUUCCCCUAAACGCCUGGCUGCUGUGGGGUUGGACUGUUGAUCACCCACUGGUGCCUGUCAACAUGAUUGUGUAUGCAUACCACAUGUUUGUAACCACUAUCCCCUGUCUGGCAGAGAUGUACCAUGAGUUUUCUCGUGGCGCAUUAUCCGGGACGGAAGUCAGCAUAUUGUUCAGCAUGUACGGCCCAUUUGUCGCUUUACGUAGGUUAAUCCGAUUUUCACCAUCUGAAUGGCCCCAGGUUCACUGA